CUUAAACCGAGGGCCCUUGUGUUGAAAUUUCAGGGCCACUCUUUAAGAAAACUUAACUUCCAAUUUCAUAGUAGUUUGUUUCGCGUUUUAAACUUCAAUCAACUUUUUAGAGUUAAAUCGCUUGCAGAAAAGUCCACUGUGGCCGUAAACUAAGAGAUUGCUGAACCGGCGAAUUUAGGAGUUCGAGGUUACUGAGCUUGUUUCUAGAUGACUACAGAGAAAUAUGAGUGUUCAAAGUAUCAAAAAGCUACGAAGCAUUGCGAUUUUUAUGGGUUAGUAUGACUUCAUCUGACUUCAAACUUUCUUGAUGAAAAUCCAAGGCCGCUAGUGUUGAGAGAGCGAAGUGAGACGAAGAAUUCUGUACUCCUGCGUGCCUUGAAAAUAUAACAACUAUAUUGUUUUAACUUUGUUCUUAUGUCAGCCAAUGAGAGUUCAAAGCACUUUCAAGUCUUGGGUAAUUUCUCAUUAGAACUUGAAACACUUAACUUAAUGAAAAUUAUAGUAAACUGAGAAAAGAAAAACUAUUUGAAUGUCGGUAUGAAAGUGCCUUCGAGCAACACAUAGAUCUAAAGGAAUGUUUUGUGUACACAAACCCAAUCGAGAAUGUAAACGAAGGAUGUUGAUAAUUGAUGGUAAAUUAUAUCUAUUAAAUUACUAGUCUGCUUCUUUUGUUUAAAAAUAGUGUAAAUAAAAAGAGCGAAAUAACCGUCAGUAAAGUUUGGCAAUGAAGAUUCAAAAGAUGAACUAUGUACCUGAUUCAAGGAGGUGGAUGGUAUUUUGCAAGAGAGAUUGGGACUAAACAAACGAUGCAUUCGCACCGUAAUGGACGAUGUCUGUCUGUAUUAAUUUUCAUAACGUCAUUUCUGAUGGGCUUGAGAGGAAAACCUUUGUACGAAGAGAGGGCAGGUAAAUAUGAGUUUUAAUUGAAAUGAAGUAAUUAAUUUUGUCAUGCUCGAAUUAAGGCAGUGAUCUGUUAGGAAUUCGUUAUAUUUCUUGUCGUUAAGUCCUUUGCUCUUGCAAUGCUAUGGAAUACUAUAUAAUGAUAAUGAAAAUGAUGAGUUCAUAAAGCGUAUUCUCCAUAUUGACAUGUUCUAAUGCGCUUACAACACUUUUUGGAAAAUUGGGCGAGACUGUAUUAAGCAAUUCACAAUUCUUGAGAGAAAACUUUGUAGGUGCUCCCAAUCUAGGAAUUUUUUGGAAACAUGGCCAGAUCACAACACCGGUAGCUAUAUCCCCUACUCUUGAAGUGCAAAGAUUUUUUUUAACGUCCCUGACAGCCAUUAAAGAGACUGAGGAGGCUUCGGUUUGUCGCCCUAAUUCGAUAAGUCUUGGAUGUCUAACCAUUCGCAGAUGUCAUGGCAAAGGCAGCGUAUUCUCCUCCAUUGUUAUUGAUUUAUUCAGAGCUAACUGUUCUUGUUACUUCUUUUUGACUUCUUUAGAAAUGACGGUUGCAUCAUUGGAAGCCUUAACAGGAGCUUUUUCCGGGAGCAUUUUUCAGUUGGCCAAGCGAGAUAAAGGUUAGAUACUAUAAGUGAUGAUUCCUUCUCACUAAAAUAAAAUCUGCAUUUAAAAUGCGCAAAAGGCGACGAUUAAUGACUUUGUUAUGACUGACAAACUUUCCCUUUUCCUUUUAUUCCGAUUCCCUUUGAUUUUUAGGCUCUCAUAUGCCUCCUCGAAUACACCUCACUGUGGUUAUACCAAGUAACUCCGUCGUAGGACCUAAAAAUUUCAACUUAGUCAAGGAGUUCGUGGGGGACCUGGUGCAAGAGUUCAGUAUAUCCCCUUCAGGAACUAGAGUCGCAAUGGUUACUCAGUCCUCCACUCCUCGCAUGGAGUUCAGCUGGUACAAAUUCAUGAACGUUGAAUGCACCCUUGAGGGAAUAUCAUCGGUUAGGUAAGAUUGUACCCCAAGAAAGGUCAAUAUCAGGAAUUGUAAUUUUCCAGCCUUCUCUAUGUGUCAUUUCAGUAAAAAAUUGUAAGGUGCAGUUUGGUUUGUGUAUAGAACCAGCACGGAUAAAUUUAUGCUAUUAUUAUUGAUUUCAUUAAGAGUCUCUUUUAUCUUAGGAUUUUGAUUACCUUUAAUCCUCUCUGUUUUGCUAAUCAUUAAUUCAUUUAUUCAUUUAUCUAUUUAUCUCUUUUUACCAACAGGUUUCAAGCGGGAAAUAGAUCCUCCUUAAAUACUCUCCUCGACUACGUCAAAUCAAAGAUAUAUUCGCCCGCUAAAAAUGCAACGAAUUCAGUUCGUCGAAUCUUAUUUAUUAUUACAGAAAGCAUUGCCUCGAACGAUACAAAGCAGACCACUUCUCUCGCCAAAGAACUUCAGAAUGACGGCGUAGAUAUUUUUCUAUUAACAGUUGGCAAACACGUGACGAUCGACAUGCCAAAUAUGGUGAUUGGUAAACCCUUUAAAAGGCCUAUUUUUCAGGUUAACUCGUUUCGAGAUCUUCCCAGACUAGCUAAGUCUUUCAAAGGCAAAGGUAAGUAAGUGACGAGGCGUUUAUAAGUGGAGAGUCGGCCAUAUCGGUGAACCCUACGUAACAAUAAGCUAAAAUUUCAGAUCUCUAAACGGCAAUGCGCGUAUCGGGAUUGAGCACACCAGCAGCAAGGAACUAGACUUGAGGAAACAUUUUGUAAGAAAUCAGAACAAAAUUUAGAAUACCAAAACAAUCAAGAAAUUUCUUGACUAGAUAUCGGAUCGCUUGUCUUUAUUCUGAAGCGCGUGGUGGGUAAGGGAACUCCAAUUUAGCCUACAGCCAGUCAUGCCGACGUACAAAGUCACUCUAACAGAACGCAUGUCAAUGGUUUCUUCAAUUUAAACCUGGUCAGAGAAAGGUUGAUCAAGUUUUUCUUUUAAGCUCUCGUUGGUCCUUUGUAAUUUUUUUGUUUUUCGGUUAGGUGUGCUCAUCAUUAUUUAGAAAAUUUAGGUUAUGAUCUUAAAACAGUCAUUCUGGAAUGCUCUAAAUAUCCUUGUCUUAAGCAAUCUCACUUGCCGAGCUCAAUUUUACCUUAGUCCCUUGCGGGUGAUACUCUCGUUUCCCGCCCACGUGGGAUUAGGACAGCGUGAGCUCUGGAAGCGAGAUUAUGCCUUGAAUGACGGUUACCACAUUAUGAUUGCCACAAUCAUUUUGGAAACAUUGCAGCUUCCUUUUCCAGGACUUAACCGUAGCUGCUCAAUAGAAGGCUUCUCCUAUGAUGAGUGUGAUCGGCGCUGCCGUUGUAUAAACGGAACAUUUACCGAUUGCCACAGAAUACGAAAGGACUUUAUGGAAAUGCCCCUCGAAGAGCGGCGCCGCUACGUGAAGGUCCUUAAAGUAGUCUCUACACAGGACCCCUACAAAAAGACCUAUGAUCUAGUUACAAGACUCCAUCCAAAAUUCUUCGAUAUCAUUCACCAAAGACCAUUUUUCUUCCCAUGGCAUCGGUGGUACUUAUUCAUCUUUGAGAAUCUUCUGCGUCAUGUUGAUUGUCGCGUGACUGUGCCGUAUUGGAACUGGGCCCGAGCUGUGUCGCGCAAUCGCUUAUGGCGUGCCACAGACAUACGGGAUAUCUGGAAUCCAGGACCUCACGGCCUGGGCGGUGACGGUGAGGGUAAAUCUCGCACAAGUUGUGUCCGAAAUGGACCUUUCCAAGCUGGAAAAUGGUCUCUACCGGAGUGGUUAUUUUCUAAGUGUCUCUCCAGACGAUUCGACCACAGAUAUUAUUUGCCAAGUGAGGAGUACGUUAAGGAUUUAAAGAAACUCUCGUGGAGAAAAUUUCGCGCAUUUGAAUCUGGGGUGAGGAGAUAUAUGCACAAUGAUCUGCACAAUGCAGUUGGUGGCACAAUGUCGGAGGAUGAAUCUGCAAGCGCCCCUGAGUUCUGGUCUCACCAUGCUUUCCUUGAUAAGAUCUGGUCUGACUGGCAAGAUCAUGGCCCAAAAUACAAAUUCGCGUAUUACAAAAGCAUAAAUGUACUCUUACCGGGUGGGAAUCACUUCGGUUGGCAGUUUAUGGAUUUACAAAAUCAGCCCCAUUGUAUAAGGGUGUUAUAUGAGGAGCCCAAGGGCGAGAAAGUACCCGAUGGUGUAGAUGAUAAUCGUGUCAGAUAUGACGAUGAUGCUAAUGACGACGACGACGAUGAUGACAAUGGUAUUGAUGACAGUGAUGAUGAUGAUGAUGAUGACAAUGAUGAUGACGACGAUGAACAUUAA